AAUCGUAGAUAAUAGGACGCUUGUUUUGGGUAGUCUCGUGGAAACGCGUUUCAGAGUGUUAAUUAAUUACAGCGUAGCCUACGUUUAUUAGUCUGCAAAUUAUGAAUCAUUCUGCGCUCUUGUUAGUCGUUCAAUGAAAGAAAGUAACAUAUUUAGACCGUUUUCCUGCUGCUGACUUUAAUCAAAGCGUAUCCGAGUAACUCCGACUCUCACUUUAGGAGGAGUUUGCGACUCCUGUUGCUCUGUGAGACUUUUACCAAAACGCCUAGCACAAAGAGAGAUCGGGCCGAGCUGCAGAUAAACCGUUCCCGGGGACCAGCUGGGGGAUUUUCUGUCGUGCAAAGUCCAGUCUCGUGGCCAAGCGAACUCUUUCUGGGAAAUGAGCCAAACCAGCCGACAGUUAUCUUGCAGCUCCGUUUGGUCCGGGGUUAAGAAAAUAAAGGCAGGCGACGCGGUGAGAGCUCUCGGCAUGGCGCAAAAAACUGAGGAAAAUCCAGUCGGUUUCACGAAAAGCUGCGCAGGAAACGGCAGGUUUGAUGAAUCCGAUAAUAAUGCCAGGAGCUGCGGGUCUGGGUGCGUUAAUCCGCCAGCCCGUGACAUUGAGGCGCGCUGCUGUCAGACAGCUGCUGCUCCUCAGGAGGAGUUGUUAAACGCUGACACCAGAUCCUUUUCUGCGUGCGCCACAAUCUCAGAGACAGCCAGAGAGCUGUGCAGAGCAGUGUCCGUUUCUUUGGGUCUCACCAUGGAGUCCAGUGACAUGAGCGACGUGGACGCCGCACUCCCCCCAUGUGCGGCAAAUGACCAAAUCAGCGGAGAGUAUUUUUUCGGGGUGGACGCCGCGGCUGUGAGCUGCCCCGAUGCCCAGACCCAGAUUACUUACAGGUGUCCCGACCGGGAAGAGCGACCUGUGCACGGCCAGAAGCCAGCCGUGAAGAUGUAUAAAAGUUCAGAGACGCCUGCGCAUUUUCAUCACCUCGCCUCCAGCCGGACGUCUGUGAACGCGCAAAACUUUACACCGUGCGAGGCUGAGGACACGGAUCACCUGAACGCAGCCCGCACCGUUUCAUGCCCUUACGCCCCAGACCACUUAGCCCACUUCGCACACACUUCGACGGCGGCGGUGGCGGCGGCCAACGAGAGGCCAUGCAGAGCGGCUUACAACCCUCAGGAAGGAGUGCGGGACUUCGUGGACGCCCCGGAGAGCGACUCCGGCGGGUACCAGCCGGACCAGUACAGCGUCAAAAUCAAGUCCGAGGGAAACGAUGGUUGGGGGUCCUUCUGGGGCGGCGGGUACACCUUCAACAAAAGGUACAACACGCAGUUCUGGGGGUCCAGGCAGUGCAUGAACGCACACGAGUCUGGACCGAACGCGGCGUUCAUAUGUAAUCCAUACGAGGGGAGCGUGGUGCGCCCGGAGCAGUGGUAUCCCGGCGGUAUGCUGAGGACCCCCUAUCCCAACUCCGGAGACAUGAAGAGCCAAGUCGGUGAAUGGCUGGAUGUAGUCUACAACGAUACCAGGUUUGAGGCUGGCAGAGAGCACAUGUUCCCCAUGGAGUUCUUCUUCCCUCCUCAGAGAACAUGCCUGAUUUGCUCAGAUGAGGCAUCUGGCUGCCAUUACGGUGCGCUCACAUGUGGCAGCUGCAAGGUUUUCUUUAAAAGAGCUGCAGAAGGUAAGCAGAAAUACUUGUGUGCAAGCAAAAACGACUGCACCAUUGACAAGCUAAGAAGAAAGAACUGCCCCUCUUGUCGGCUAAAGAAGUGCUUUGAAGCUGGGAUGACUCUUGGAGCACGCAAACUGAAGAAGAUUGGACAACAGAAGAACCCAGAAGAAGAACAUCCUGGACAGGAAGCGCCAGAAGUACCCCACAACAUGUCUCCUAAGUCAGGUCCGAGCUUGAACUCCCAGAUGGUCUUCCUGAACAUCCUUGAGUCCAUCGAGCCUGAGGUGGUGAAUGCUGGACACGACUGUGGCCAACCAGACUCAGCUGCUGGCCUGCUCACCAGCCUAAAUGAGCUGGGAGAGAGACAACUGGUCAAAGUGGUCAAAUGGGCUAAAGGCCUACCAGGUUUCAGGAAUCUCCACGUGGACGACCAGAUGACUGUCAUCCAGCAGUCAUGGAUGGGGGUGAUGGUGUUUGCCCUGGUAUGGAGGUCCUACAAGAACGUCAACGGCAGGAUGCUUUACUUUGCGCCGGACCUCGUCUUUAACGAACAUCGAAUGCAGAUCUCCACCAUGUAUGAGCAUUGCAUGCGGAUGAGACAUCUGUCCCAGGAGUUUGUGCUGCUGCAGAUAACCCAGGAGGAGUUCCUCUGCAUGAAGGCCUUGCUGCUCUUCAGCAUAAUUCCGGUGGAGGGCUUGAAAAGUCAGAAAUACUUUGACGAAUUGCGGCUCACCUACAUCAAAGAACUGGAUCGCCUCAUCAAUUACCAGAUGACCACAAACUGUCCUCAGAGGUUCUACCAGCUGACGCGACUCCUAGACUCUCUCCAAAUGACUGUAAAGAAGCUCCAUCAGUUCACCUUUGACCUGUUUGUUCAGGCUCAGUCGCUUCACACGAAGGUCAGCUUCCCUGAGAUGAUCGGGGAGAUCAUCUCGGUGCACGUUCCAAAGAUCCUCGCAGGUUUGGCCAAGCCAAUCUUGUUCCACAAGUAGAAGGAUGAGUUUUUUUUUUUGUUUUGUUUUUUUUUUUUUCAUUAAAAAUGAGUUAAGUGCUGCCUUCAUGAACUUUAACAAAGGCUGUGAACUGUUUCCCCACAUCGUCUGUCUGAUUUGCUUUCAGGCGUGUCCUGUUAACACUGUUUUACUGCUCAAGUUUCUUUUAUUUUUGUUUAGUUUUGUUGUUUUUUUUUUUGUUUUUUUUACACCUUUUAUAUAUAGUUAAGAUUUUUUAUUCAGAACUGGUCAGGCUUUUAUCUUAAGAGCUGCAAGGCCUCAUCUGCUGACAGCUCAGUAGUUCCUGGAUGGAGAGCGUGUCUUCUACAGAUGGAGAAAAGUUGCUUGGUUUUAAAUGAAGAUUAUUCAUAAAGUUAAACACACACACAGCAACUUGGUUGUUGUGAUCACGAGCAUGAGUCUAAUCCUAUAAUUUAAGAAAAAAAAACUGUUGGUUUAUGAUUUGUAAAAACAUCAAUCCCAUGUAAAGAUGUGCAAAAAAAAAAGAAAAAAGUAAAAUAAAUUUUUCGUUACAGCAUCAUAAUCUCACACUAAAAAUCAAACUUUUGGUUUAAGUAAACGUGUACAGUGGGGAGUAAUCGGUAAAACUGCUGAUUAUGCCGUUUACGACAUCCUCUUGCUAACAGAAGAGUCAUUCUGGUGGUUGUUUUUAACGUUGAGAUCAUUAUUAAUAAGCCACGUAAAUAAUAGCGUAAUGGGAAUACGAACUCCUUCAGCAAUGUUUUGCUUUUUGUCCACGUGUACAAAGUUUUUACCCCAGCAAGAACAAUGACACUAUGCCAUUGUUUAGGAUUUUUUCAUAAAUUGACGUAAAUUAUCUGAAAUGACUCAUGGCAACAACUGUUACUGAAGACUGACAAAAAAAAAAAAAAAAAAAAAAAAAGUUUUUCAUGUUUUUGACUUGUGUUGUUGUUUUUUGUUUUUGUUUUUGUUUCCCAGCCUCUUAAGUGGUGUUUAACUUAAUUACAAAAACAUGUAUGACAUCCUGUGGAAACAAAAACUGUUAGAAAACAUGUUGGAUGAGUUAGAAUUUUCAAAGUAGCAUCUUUGUGGUCGGUACUUUUGGGUCUCAAUCAUCAAAAGCUGGUGCGGAUUUGGGUGUAGAAAUGAUUGAACGACCUUGUGGGAUUUUUGAAACCAAUUGGCCAAUCCCAGCAUACCAACAGUCUGGCGUUCAUUGUGGAUUCAUUUACUUAUCUCUGAAAGGGCAAUAUCUUUAACAAUCAGAAUUUCCAGGAAACGCCCCAAUUUAUUCACAGCUUCAUUGGCCUCCACCACAGAAUUUGCGGUGCAAAAUGAAAGAUAUUUCAGAUUUUUUUGUUUUGUUUAUUCCUUGUUUUUUUUUUUGUUUUUUUAAGUAGGCAAGUGUGCAAUUUGACCUUUUUUUUAAAAAAAUUAUCCUUCUCAUACUAUUUAACACAACCAAUCCAACUUUACCUGGCCUUUGACUUAUGUAUGUAGUUAACCUCUCUCAUCUUCAGAGUUAUGAAGAAAAAUCAUUAAUUAAAUAUAAACAUAUAAGCUGGAAUCUUGCACUGUUUAAAAAAUAAUUAUUGCACUACUAUGACGUGACGAAUCUCUGACGCAGCUGGAUUUCUCCGCUGCGCCCAAAAACACGGCCUUGACAAACCUGCAGACACGAUCCGACCUGCAAACCCGUUUCUGACAACAUGGAGGGAGCUUGCAGAUUUUUUUUUUUUUUUUCCUGGGCUCCCACUGGCUGCUUCGCUUUCUCUCUAUGAUCAGCCUCAUGCCAGACCAUGUACCUGAGUUCAGCAUUGACGUGUUACAUUACAGCACCUGACUCAGCCUUUUGCUACACAGUGGAGGCCUACAAACCAGGGAACGGCGUGGUUAUUGCUGUUUUUCUUGGAGAACUGUUUCCCCGGCCCUUUUGGAGUCUGUGAAAUUUGCUUUAGGAAAUUACUCAGACUUUGAGCUCAGCCUCACCGAGCAUCUUUUAAACAACUUUUUGCCUUUUCAGACGAGUUAUGAUGCAACGAUUGCCGCAACUGACACUUUGUGCAUGCCUGACUGUAAGUAACUUUUUAUCUGUAAGCAGUAGAUAUUUUUAGCAAAACGAUAUCACAGCCAGAACUUAGCAAAAAGAAACAGUAGAACAAAGUAAUGAGGGGGUAAACAAAAGAAAGCGAUAAGAAUUUGCCCAGAAUGAUGUGCACACCUUUUAUUUUUAUUUAUUUUUUUUAUUUUAACCAUCGGUGCUUUAAUGAAGAAAAUAAAAUAAAAAAUAUGGGGUGAGCAGCAAUUUACUCAGCAUGUUGAAAAUGUAGCAUCCAGAACAGACAAGUAAAGAAUUAGGAGUGCCAAAGAUCUGAAAUUUAGGCAUUGAUGUCCCAGCUGGAGCAAGAAAUCUAAAGCCAAAGCCAAACGAAAGCUGGAAGGUCUCACAUGAAGAGUGUGAAAGUCCUUGACUGGCUCUGCUGAACCUCUGGUGAUGAAAACCGAGAGACGGAAUGAGAGGAAUAUCCUCAAGAUAAGCCAUCCCAAACCCGACUUAAGAAAAAUGGUUCACGGAGUCAAACGCAAUCACGAGGUUUCACAUUUUGUUUUAUUUAAAAGCAAUGUAAACAGUGAAUGACUAGGCAUUUUGUAUAUACAACUUGGUCAAGGUGCAUCUCAAUAGGAAUGUGGUUGAAAAAUGCGUUUAUGUCAAUAAUUCUGUUUAGAAGUGAUUACCAAACAAAUUUUGUAUUUUACAGAUAUAUGUAUAUUUCUGUUAAUUCUACUGAAUGUGUCGUUUUUGCUAAAGAAUUCCAAAAAAAAGAUAUUUUAAAAACAUUUGAUCGAGACCAACUUAAAAAAUAAAAAAAAUAAAAAGUUUUCGAUGAGAAACUCUCAUGUUGUGGUCAUGCAGUCGAGUGUGUUAAUGGAAGGUUUAGUGGAAGGUAGAACUUAAAGGUUUCACUUUUUUAGACUGAGUUACUGGAAUAAAUCAUUUUUCGAUGAUAUUCAAAUUCAUUGAUGUGCAUCUUGUUGUGCAGAACAAUGAUUAAAACCCAAGACGGGAGAAUAUAUCCAGCUUUACCGCUUUCAUUUAUCAACCUGCACAUGUAACAGGUCAUAACUACUCUAUUACAUAAAUUAUUUAGCUUAUUUUGCAGUUUUUAGUGGUCUUCAACAGUGUUCUAUUAGUAUGUAAAUUAAAUAAUUCACUUUACAUUUUCUAAGCUGGUAGUUGCAUGCCUUAUGUGUUUUUAUAAGCGUUAAAUGUAACUUUUAGCUUUACAGAUGCACGGACAUUCAUAUGGUAUCCCUCCAGUAAUCUAUUUAUUGUGCAAUUACUGGUUGUGUCAUAGUUGUUCUUUGUGCGGGACAUUCAGCAGAAGAGAAAAGAACACGGAAAGGUGGACGAUGACAUCACGUUUCACCUUUUUUUUUUGUUUUGGACCGCGUUCACUUCAGCGUCAAAGCGGACGAUGUCUUUCUUUCAUAUUUGUCUGUUCGAAACAAAUGUGUUUCAUGUCAUCAAAAUGUGACUUAAUGUAUUGGCUGGUGAGGAACACAGUUCGAUCGAAACAUUUUUCAACACGUAGUUGUUCGGUAAACAUCCGUCGAACGGAGGGGAUGCCAGAACCGGAGUAACAGACAAGCGACCGAUUAUAACGUUUCCUGAAUUUCACUAUAUUGCUAGGGUUUUGCA